AUGGGGAAUUGUUGUGGAGGUCAUAAUUUGGCAAAUGCGAAUUUUCAGAUAGCGAGUUACGAUUUGUAAUUCUCAGACCCCUCGAAAUUUGACUUAGUGCUUCUCAAUAAGAAGGCUUUGUAGAUUUAGAGUAUGUUUCAAAAUAUAUGAAAUCUAAGAAUUAUUCAGAGGUUAUGUAGUAAGAAAGAAAAUGAAGAAACAACAGACAAAGGCAUUGGCACAGACAUCGGAUGAGAGUUUCAUUUAUCAAUAUAGAUCGAAUCAGAAGGAAAAUUUUAAAAACAAGCAAAAUGUUUUAAAAUUUAACAUCGAUGGUUAAUAGCAUAUUCCUGUGUUUAAUGUAAAAGAAGUUAAUAUCAGCUCCAAGUACUCAGAUAAAAUUAAAACUGUAAUAAAUGAUCCUUCUAUCAAAGGUUCUUGAUAAGUUGGAUCCAUUUAAUUUCGAUUAAGAUGCCUAGUUUUCAGAGUACCCGUUCUCUAAACCACUGCUGAUAGGCGAUGUUAUAUACGAAGGUCAAUGGAACAAUUGGUAUUAGAUUUUAAUUUAUGAAGUUAAAAACACGGGAGAGGAAGAUAGUUUUGGAUUGAUGGGUCAUAUUAUGAAGGAUAUUGGUUCAAUAAUUGUUAACAUGGCAAAGGCAGGUUGUUAUUGGCUCAAGGAGACAUUUAUGAAGGGGAUUGGAAGAAUGAUAAAGUUCAUGGUUUUGUAAUUGUAUUAAUUAUUAAUAGUAGGGUACUUACAUUCAUUAGAAUGGAGCUAAGUAUUAAGGCAAUUGGGAGAACGAUAAGCAGCAUGGGAAGGGUAAGGAGUUCUGGCCAGAUGGAGCUACUUUUGAAGGAGACUACAAGAAUGGAUAGAAGAAUGGUGAGGGGAUCUUAAGAGAGGCUGAUGGAUCGGUUUAUGAAGGAGAGUUUUAGGAGAAUAGGUUCGAAGGUCAGGGAGACUAUAAGAUUGUCGGUGGGAAGAGAUACGUUGGACAGUACAAGAACAAUAAGAUGCAUGGAAAGGGGGUGAGUUGGUAUGUUUAUAUUUAUAGACAUUUUAUUGGAAAGAUGGCAAGAAGUAUGAGGGCGACUAUGUCAAUGGCGUGAAAUAAGGAUAUGGAGUGUUGUAUUAUCCGGAUGGGAGGGUAUCUAUAAGAUAAAUUUAAGAUCUUUAAAGGCUAUUGGUAGAAUGGGAAGCAGCAUGGUAUCGGGAUUUAUAUAGGGAAAUCAAAGGUCGAGAAGGAAGGGGAAUGGAUUGAUGGGAAGCGAGUUCGAUGGAUUAGGAAAGGAGGAGAGUUUACGAUUAAUGAAUCUUGA